CCUAAAAAUUUUGAGGAAAUCCAGUUUUUUAACUCAAAUAAUUACUACCUUGGUCUUGAUUGGUGAGAAUAUGUUCUUAUAUCUUCGUAAAUGUUUGCUUUUUUUUUUUUUUUUUGCACAAAUGUGCACAAAUUUAUUUGAGACUAGUUAAUCUGCGUAACAAACAAGUUUCAAAUUUAAAAAUUAUAUUUAGUUGUUUCAACUUAGCCACAAAUAAAAUGAAAAAUCAAAGUAAUAACUGAAAGCUUAUGGUAAAGAAAUGGUUUUAGUUUAGAAAGUUGGGCUGACUUUCCUUAAGUUUGGGCUAAAAUCUUAGCACUGAAAAUUGUUGUAUAAACUUUUUAACAUGUAAUUACUCCUUAAUUUAACACUUUUGUUUUAUAAUAUAGGUAUAUGGAAUUUUUUCCUCAACCUGAGAAGCCCAAUACAACAUUAUUAUUUGAAAAGAGUGCAAAUUACUUUGAUAGUGAGGUUGUUCCUAAGCGGGUAGCUGCACUCGUCCCUAGAGCUAAAAUUAUUGUAAUACUUAUGAACCCAUCUAAACGAGCUUAUUCCUGGUAUCAGGUACAGUUUUUUUUCAUAUUUUGUAAUAAAUAUUCUUAGUAAUAAUAAAACAAUUAUUGAUUUUAUUAAUUUACCUGUAACAUUUCAAUUAAAUCUCUUAAAAACAAUGGAGCCCUGCUUUAAUUUGAACAGGAAUCAUUAUAAAAAUACUUUGAUUGUGAAUGACCUACUAAAUUUUCUAAUUUCAAUUUUCUUUUUUCCACAGCACAUGAGGAGUCACAAUGAUCCAACUGCUUUAAACCACACAUUUUAUGAAGUUGUUAGUGCAUCUGAUAUGGCUUCUCAAAACUUGCGGACACUUAGAAAUCGUUGUCUUACUCCAGGCUUAUAUGCUCAACACUUAGUCAGAUGGUUAGAUUUCUUCCCUGCUGAACAAGUAAUUAUUUUUUUGUAUUAGUCUAAAAAACUAACAUCAGUUUCUAUCCUAAUUUCCUUUUUCUGAUUAUAUGUCAUAAAAUUUUAUGUUUUAUAUGUUAAUUCUACUAAUGUACUAUCAAUGUUGGCUAAUAUAAAUUAAGGAUAUUUUCUAUGCAGUUUACAAAAUGAAUACUAAAUGGUUUUUGAAAAAAGAUUUAUUACACAGAAAAAAUUUUGGUUUUGAAGGUUAACUGCGCAUUUGAAAAGAAACAGAAAAUGUUCUCAAAUUUUAAUUAAAAAUGUAAGAGUCAUCCUAUUUUUCCUCAGCUUCACAUAGUGCACAGCGAUGAAUUGCGCAAUGAUCCUGUCAACGUCAUGCACCUUGUACAAAAAUUUUUACACAUCCUACCAUACUUGGAUUACAGCCAACAUCUUCGGUCAGUGUUGCUCUUAGUUUUUAUCUUUCAUUUCAGUGUUACUGUACACAUGUUUAAUAGCUAAAGUUGGUAGUUUUUUUAUCUCCACUUUCACUGUUACUUUUUACAUGUUUAACUAUUUUCAUUUUUCUUUUAUAAAUCAGAUAUUAUUAAAAAAAUUCAAGUUAGUUUUUUCUUCUUCUCUUUUUAUCAGUAAACCAAAACAAUUAAUGACACAGUUUAAUAUAAAAAAUUAUGCAUUAUUUUUCUCAAAACUUCAAAGUGUUAAACUUAUAUUUUUAAAAAGAAAAUCUAUGAAGCCUCAUGUAUUUCCCUACAAAUUGAUAUAUAAUAUCACAAGCUUUAGACAUAGAUUCUACAAUUAAUUUACUAUUUUGUAAGGUCACUAAAUACAUUCUACAAGUAAUUUAGUCUUUAGUAAGGUCACUACUACUUACUUCUACUACUUACUUAAGAAAAUCAGUGAACACCGAGCCGGGGCUCAUAUGGUCCCCCCAACGCACCACCCCGCCAACCAAACCGGCCAUCAACCACUCCCCCAGUGGUCUUUAUUCCGAUCGGGCCGCGAAGCGGCACGCCAGGGACGUUCCGCCCCUAAGACCGCCACACCCGACCUCCACUCGACUGGCCGCUGAGUGUGGCAGCUCCAGAGAAGAAACACCUAGGGGUUUGGAGUGGAUAUAUUUAACGUCUCUUAAGUCCCCCCUUCCCACUCCGGGGGGACGCGAAGUUGUUUGAACCGACGCCCUAUAAUAGGGUUUGUAUGGUUAUUCUAUGGCGCGACUAAUUCGCACCGUAGAUGGGAGAGAGAGGUUGCCUAGGAGCAGUACCCUCAAUACUGUAAGGUCACUAGAAAUCUGAAGAAAAAAUGAAAAAAAUUAUGGAAUGUAAAGAGUUAAGUAACAGCUCAAAUGAAAAUUAAUUACCCUAAAAUUUAGGUUUAAAGUUUUUUUUUUGAAAAAAAUGUAGCUCUGUCUAUAGUCUGUUCACUGCUUAAUAAACAUUUCAGCUUUGACAACCUCUUUAAAAAAUCAUGUUGUUCUUCUGACACAAAAAUGGUAUUAAAAGUUUGUAUAUAUUUUCAGUUUAGAUGUAUUAGCUUGCACCAAGUUUUUUUUAUUAUGAUGAUCUAUUUUUCCAUAAUAUAGCUUUGGACACCCUCUUAGCUUAUACUUUUGCAAUAAUUCUUUAGUAAGCUCCUUUGAAUUUAAUGCAGUAACAUUUUUUUUCUCUCUUACCUUUAGCUAUGAUCCAACAAAAGGUUUUUUCUGUCAAGUUUUGAGCAACAAACAGAACAAGUGUUUAGGAAAGAGCAAAGGUCACAAAUAUCCCUCUAUGGACAGAGUGUCAGAGCAGCACUUGCGAGCCUAUUAUAGAAAACACAAUGUCAUUUUGUCUAAACUACUUUCUAGUUUUAAAUCAGAAAUACCAGAGUGGCUCCAAAAUGAACUCAAAGAUGCAGAAGUUUCAAAGAUUUAGCAGUGGUACUGUUAUUAGAUCACACCUGCCCAUGCUCUUUCAUGUUGGACUUCCAGCACUUAAUGAAUUAACAAAGUUUAACAGAUCUGACUACAAUAAAGGAUAUUAUUAUUUUCAGCCAAGAAUAUGAGGACUUUUUGUGUUUAGAACAGAGAUAGUUGAGUAUUAGAUUUAGGGGUGUGCCGGAUCCGUUUUUUCCAACCGGAUCUGGAUCCGGAUUUUCUUAUGCGAAAUCCGCCGGAUUCGGAUCCGGAUUCCGGAAUAAUCCGGAUUUCGGUUUCUCCCGGAUUCCGGAUUUUGGUACUAUUGGUAGAUACUUCGGUAAGUCAAGGUGGACUACUACUUUUUGUGUAUGGGAAUUCGCAAUCGGCGCCAAAAAAUCCGAGUUUUUAAUUU